GGUUCUCAUUAUUAUUGUUAGAUUUGGGACUGUGUUGGAGUUGUGUUGUACAUCUGGCCUUGGGUGUUCCUGUCUGAGCCCCAGGUCCCACGGGAUGUCCAGUGGAGGAACUAACUAGAGGGGAUCUAUUCCUCAGGCCAGCAGCCUGGUGUAAGAAUUGGGAAGGAAAGAGAAAGAGAGAGUUGGUAGUGCUGCUGAGUGUGUGAGUCAGGAGGGGGGAGCUAUAGUCACAGAAAGCAGCAAGCACUCUCCUCUGGAAAUGGUGAUCAUGACCGAGCCGACGGGGGAGAUUGAAGAGCCGCAGAGGGAACCUAAAAAAGACCCCAAGGGAGCCUCAUCAUACGUCUCUGAAGCCGAGAAUGGGAUCGAUGAAAAGAAGGUUGCGAAGCUGUAUACUGUUCCUCAAGUGGUGAUCAAUGAUGCAGAAUCGAUUGAAACCCGGCAAAAAUUGCCCCUUUUAAGGUCAAAGACGAAUGAUCCCUAUUUAACCCUCGACAUGAAGAAUGAACUGAAGCUUGAAAGGAAAAAAUCCACAAACCAGUUCUUGAAGGCCAAUGCACAUUUCCACAAGCUGUUUAAGGAUGUUCCAAAGGAAGAGCCAUUAAGAGAAAGUUUUAACUGUGCACUGCAGAAAGAAAUCCUGUAUCAAGGAAAGUUGUACAUUUCAGGGAACUGGAUUUGUUUCCAUUCAAAGGUUUUUGGGAAGGAUACAAAGAUUAGCAUCCCAGCUAUCGCUGUAACGGUGGUCAAGAAAACCAAGGUUGCCCUGCUUGUGCCAAAUGCCCUGGUCAUUGCUACAGUAACUGAUCGGUUCAUAUUUGUGUCUCUGAUGUCCCGAGAUUACACCUAUAAUUUAAUAAAGUCUGUGUGCAGCCAUCUGGAUAAUGUGAGUACUGGAAACAGUCCAAACCCUUCUGCAGAGCAUAGCUUCAGAGCAGAGCGUCCUGCAUCAUUUCCGCUUGAUUUCAGUGUAGACUUCUCAGAACUAGAUGGGUUGGUACGGCAACGGAGAAAGGACCUAGAAGAAUAUAGCAGCACUGGCUCUCAAACACCUGAAUCUGAGAAUUCUCAAGAAUUCCAUGAACAAGAAAAGAAUGUAUUAAUAGAGCCGCACAACCCUAGAAUUACAGAUGGUCUGUCCAGGAGCCCUGAAAGAAGCAAACUAUCUGACCAAAAUACUGAUCGGAAGAGUUUGUUUUAUAGACUGGACUUUUGGCAGUUUAAGUCUUUGAAUUGCUUGCUCGUCUUCUAUGCGGUUCUUGUUUGUCUGCUGAUCUUCUCCACCUUAUACAUGCAGUCAAGAAUUGUGUUCCUGGAAGAGCGACUCUCUUCUUUGGGUGCUGCAAGGGACUCUGCUCUAAAUGAAUGGGCAGUAGCACAAGGUGUGGGGAAUUGGCACAUUAAUCCCAACACAAUCGUUGCAGAACUAUCAGCCAAUCUGGAUAAGCUAGAUCAGAUACAAAGAAAUCUACAACGGCUUUUGGAAGAUGAGAACUAAGACUUUGGGGGGGGGGGGGGGGGGGGUUG